UCGUGCUUGCUGCAUGAUUGUACUGUUGCGGUAGUCACGCGUAGUCGUCCUCCCAGGUGCUGCCAUCAUUCCCCCUUGAAUGGUUGGCGUUUGGUUGUGGAUAAUCAGACCACCCACCGCAGCAAAGAUAAGGCAAGUGAAGACGGCGACCUGCCUGCCGAUGCUGAGCGCUGUCAUUUGGUCUGACGGUGGGAAGCAGGGCUGCGGAAAAUUAGUUGUGACUAGUGUAUGUGUGUGAAAGAAUUGGCGCUUAUCGGUUAGGCUACGAUUGGAAUCCCAGAACGAGUUUUUUCACCAUUCUUCCGGGGUGGAUCCCAUUUCGUAGCCUGCAGUGAAAUAUGAUACAAAAUCAAUUUUUUACCCGAUUUUGGGGAGUGUUGCUGCUGCUGGUGGAUGACAGCGCGAGAUAGAGGCUGCAAAAAGUGACGGAUGCUGGCGAUGGAUAUUUUCUCUUUUCUCGCCUGAUUUUGGUGAGUGCCCUCGGGCGAAGAAAAACAAAUCUCACAUCAUGUUGGGCUGGGACUGUUUGUGUAAUCUGGAAUUGGCCGCCCCAAACUGGUGAUUAAUUGUGAGUUGGCUUGGUCCAAAGAGUGGCAGGAAAAUUCGAGCCAUUCCGACAGGCGAUGGAUUAAAACACAGCGACCGUGUUCUAGUGAUUUGGAGGAAUUUCCCCGUUUCGUCCUGCAUGUAUGCGUGUCAAGUAUACAAAAAAUGAGUGCUUAAGGGUGUUGUUUUCCCGAGAAAAAUCUCCUCUCAGUGUUUAUCACAGAAAAAGUUAGUUUGGGAUCUUCUGUCAAAGUGCAAAACAUUCGACGCUUACCAAUAAACGUGUUCGUAGAAGGUCGAAUUGACGUGAUCCAAAUCGGCGAAUCGAUGCCACCAAUGAACCAGCGUUAGUUCCACAAAGCGGUGUCAAGUUCAUCGGAAAUUAUGGUGUUGUUUUGCCUUCGAUUCCGCAGAUGCAAUGAUAAUCAGCCAUCAGUGAAGUGCACAAAAGCGUAAAAUAAGCGUUCCACAAGAGUACUUCUGAAAUAAUUGUACUUGUGUCAGCAAUCGAGAAGAGUGUAAUUGAUGUGAUGUGCGUCUAGAAUGGCAUAUGGAUCUAACCAGGGAAGAGUGUAAUCCUGGGUUCUACACUGGGUGGUGUAGAAAAUGAUAUGAAGUACGGAUUACUGACUAGUGAGCUGUAAUAAACAGAGGAUUACCACGAGACACUUUGAGUAAAUAACAACCGAAGCCAACAGAAAUAAGGAAAAAAAAGCACCACUAUCGUUAUCAUCGUCAUCUUUGUCAAGUGCUUCUUUCAAAGGAUUACGGAACUCGUAACAAGCGUAGAGGAGUGUAAACUAAAUCUCGCGUAUCGCUUGGCAGCACGUGAAAAACUCACAGUAUUCACACAUUUCUCAAAAGCCAUCCAAUUAACACUCAACAUUCUCCAUGAACACUUGUUGAGCAGACGCUAUCCCAGUCAACUUUAGCCGGCCCGGCCAGUGAUAGCAAGCAGUCAGCGUCAAGUGCUGCAUCUAGAGUGUCAACUGUUCCCUCACCGAGUCCACCACGUUCCCUUGGUCAUCCAUGUACUAGCAGAUAAUAAACGUCAUUCGUUAUUAAGUUCCAUAUAACUGCAGCUCACAGUUAAGCAAACACCUGAUCCGGCAAAACACCCUUGCAAAAGCCUAGAGACGGACGCUUGUUAGCAAUCGAAGCUUUGUACGGAAGUGUACACAUCAUACACUCAGGUUCUCAAUCUUGUUUAUGGCAGUAAUAAAUGACCCCACGUUUCGCUUGUAUCGCUGCCCGGACUUAGCACGGAUGUUCUCCAGAGAGCGACCCGUAGUUGUAGAUCUUCCGUGUCCGGAUUCUUUAUUGGCAGUCGUUAAGAAAAAGACAUAAAUAGUGAAGCUUUCUUUUCCACUAUCCCACUCUGUCUCCCUCUUCAUCACGGCGGAGGCGAGCAUUAUCGUCGUUGGAAUCCAAUAAUGAAGUGGAAUUGGUCCGGGGGGACAACCUGACUUGUGCAAGACGAGCAUCGUCUGCACAGAACUGCGCGCUCGCGACCAAUCCUGAACGCCUCGUCCUCACCGAAAAGCUCACAAUGGGUUAAAUUCCUGGAAGUGGGCCAUCAGAUCGGUACAAGCGGAAUGCAAUCUAGGAAGCGGCAGAGCGAUGUACACUGACAGUCGUUAUUUCGCAAUCAUGUGCCAUCCAUCCGAUGAUUUUUUGCACCCCAAGAGCACUCAACUCGCCUCGGUGUGGGUGGUCAAACGCAGGAGAGGUUGUUAGCAGGCGGGAAAAAGACAAACAGACCAACGAUUGUUUGUAAAUGCGAGUAGUGAGGGAAAUAAUUUUUAAAAACACUUCAACGAUUUUGUGAUAAGAAAAUGGGAGAGAAGGAAUCUUUCCUCGGUUUGAUUCGCUAAUGGAAUCGAAAGCUCCCUCCAAAGUUCCGGAGAAGGAUGUAAAAUUAAAACCAACAAUCGGAAUUUAUCGGACGAUUUAAUCUGAGAAACAUUGCAAGAAACUGUCGGACUUUGUGGUGUACUUACGAAAAGAGUUCAAACAAGAAUCAGAAGACCGUUUAUCGGACAGUAAUCUACGGUAGGAGGACAAAAAUGUGAACGAAGUGAAACAUCAAAAGAUUAGUGUCCAGAUGAUUAUCCUCCUUUGAGACAAACGACAGCCCGUUUCCAGAGAUAGAGAUACAGCUGAACAGGCCGAAAAUGUUUGUCAAGUUCCAGUAUUUCUGUAUCAUUUACUUCCUGCUGGUGCGGCAUCUCAACGGUUCCACGAUGGAUCUGUACAAAAACUCGCGGCUCAGCCAGCGAAUCGUGCAGACCCGUUACGGCAGGCUGCAGGGCCUAAUACUGCCGCUGGAGAGCUACAAAUUCCUCAAACCCAUCGAAGCGUUCCUGGGUGUUCCGUACGCCACACCGCCAACCAAAAUGAAUAGGUUUAGUCCAACCCGUACGCCCUCACCGUGGGAUGGCGUCCGGAUAGCCGAUAAGUUCAGCCCGGUAUGCCCUCAGCGGCUGCCGAAUGUGAAUAACGAAACAGCAGCUUUAGAUAAGAUGCCAAAAGGACGACUGGAGUAUCUGAAACGUUUGCUACCUUUUUUAAUGAACCAAUCUGAGGAUUGUUUAUAUUUGAACGUAUUUUCACCAGCACACGCCGCUCAAAGCGACAAGAGAUUACCUGUUAUAGUAUUUUUACACGGAGAAUCAUUCGAGUGGAACAGUGGAAACCCCUACGAUGGGACCGUACUGGCCGGUUAUGGUGAAUUAGUUGUAGUUACACUUAACUAUCGGUUAGGAAUCUUAGGUUUUUUAAAUGCCAAUCCAAGUCCAGAAAUACGAGCCCGAGUGGCCAACUACGGCCUGAUGGACCAGAUGGCAGCAUUACACUGGGUCCAGCAGAACAUUGCCAAGUUCGGAGGCGAUCCGUCGACGGUUACGCUAGCCGGUCACGGGAGCGGCGCCGCUUGUAUCAACUUCCUGAUGACCUCACCGACGAUGGUUCCCGGGCUGUUCCAUCGGGCCAUCCUCCUGUCCGGCUCGGCGUACUCAUCCUGGGCCCUGGUAGAGGACCCAGUAGUAUACGCUCUCAAGCUGGCGAUAGAAGUCAAUUGCUCAAUACCAGAGGAUCUGAUAAAAAACCACGAACAGAUCGUGGAUUGUCUGCGAGACGUACCUCUAGAGGACCUUUUCGCAGCGGAUAUUCAGCCUCCUAGUUUCCUUAGCGCCUUCGGCCCUUCAGUGGACGGAGUAGUAAUACGCCCCGGUCGGACCAACCAGGACAUCGACGAAAUGCCCAUCCGUGGAAACUCGAAGCGAUCCCAGGGUGCUGCCGGUCGGUAUGAUCUACUGUUCGGGGUGGUCACUGGGGAAGCUCUGUGGCGAUUCAGUGCGGCCGACAUUCAGAGUGGUUUCGAGGGCGAACGGCGGGACCGGAUCCUCCGAACAUACGUGAGAAACGCCUAUACGUAUCAUCUUAGUGAAAUUUUCUACACCGUAGUCAACGAGUACACCGACUGGGAGCGUACCAGCAUGCAUCCGAUCAACACGAGAGACGCUGCUGUGGCAGCCCUCUCAGAUGCUCAAUUCGUUGCCCCGCUGGUACACACUGGGGACCAGCUUGCUCCGCCGCCGCCUCUACCCGGCCAGGAACCCUCUGGUCCAAAGUGUUUUUUCUACGUGUUUGACUAUCAAACCAAAGACGGCGACUAUCCACAACGAAUGGGAACGGUCCACGGGGAGGAUCUGCCGUACGUGUUCGGCGCUCCUCUGGUGGAUGGAUUCAACCACUUCCCCCGGAACUACACCAAGUCGGAGGUGGCGCUGUCGGAGGCAAUCAUGAUCUACUGGGCGAAUUUCGCGCGAACGGGAAACCCAAACGAGCACCAUCGUCAGGAUUCAGUUCUGACCGCUUCGAAAGAGCGCAACCGUUUCCGCAGCAUCAACUGGGACGAGUACGAUCCAGUGCACCAGAAGUACCUUGAGAUAGGCAUGAAACCCCGCAUGAAGAAUCACUUCCGAGCUCAUCAGCUCUCGAUCUGGCUACGACUGAUACCGGAGCUGCACAAGGCCGGCAUGGAGGACGUCGUGGCGCGACACAAUCUGUUCAAAAACCAUGACGAUCUGGACAUCUACGAGGGCAUCGUCAAGCCGAAUCCGCUGGCCCGAUUAUCUUUCCUGGAGCAGGACCUCAAACGGAGAGGGAUGAGUGGGCCACAGUAUGGCCAUUCGCUUCACAGCAAUGUGGGAAUGACAACGGCCGAGCCAUCACUGCUGACAACCUGCAUGCCCGUGGGUAACUACACGGUGUAUGUCCAGCCCACAUCGACCGUCCUGAACGCCACCAUGGACACCUUGGCCGGACUGGAGGCGGCCGGUUAUGCCGCAUACUCGACCGCCCUCAGCGUGACCAUCGCCAUCGGCUGCAGUCUGCUGAUACUGAACGUGUUGAUCUUCGCCGGGGUGUAUUAUCAGCGCGAUAAGACCCGGCUCGAGGUGAAAAGUCUGCAGAAGCAGUACCAGCAGCGGGGGGGAAUGCACCAGCAGGGACCGUUUGAUCCGAUUAAACAUGCCCACUACCACCUGGGCCACUCGCAGUCUGCCAACGUGAUAGUGGAUGUGGAAAACCACGACACCGGUGCGCUCAUCCUGGCCAGUGACGUCAAAUCACCCCAUAUCUGCUCCAACUCGAUGCAGAUCAACGUGAUGAAGAGCGGCUCGCCGGGGCAUGACGAUCGGGGCGGGGGUGGUGACGUCGGAGGAGGCUGCACCGUCCCAUCGGGUCAAACCACAAAUAAUCCGAAAAUCCCACUGGCCAAUAACACCUCGUACAAACCGCGAGCCGAACACAUUACGAUACCAAUCAAAAAUUCGACCUUCACGGGGGGCACAGGGAUGAUGACCCUACCCAAACCCGGUACGGUUCACAUCCCGAUGAGCUACAAUCGGAACGAGUGUAUGACACUGCCCCGAAAUGCGGGGAUUAACACCACGGGCGGUAACACAGAGGCUCAACAAAUUAAACUUCCGCCAAACGGAACUGCGAUCGGUGUCCACAUGCGCUCCAGCGCGGGGACGGCCACCCUUGGCAGGACACAAUCCUGUAGUAAUAGUUCACCGGAUCACCACCGGUCGCAUCACACGCCAUCGUCCGGAACAGCACAGCAUCCGCCCCCGCCGCCGCCCAGCGCACAUCAACACUCGCACCAACAUCACUCCCACUCCCAUCCUGGGCAGCAGCAGCAGCAGCAGCAGCAGGACACAGGAACGCAACUUCAAAGCCUCAAGGGAUGCCACCAGCAGCUGCCCCACGCAGCGAUGAGUGAAAUGCGUGUUUGAUUGGAUUUUUCCUGCGACUGACACUCUCCGGUUGAUGGUGAAAUGGUUUAAUGUUUUGUUCGGAUAAUCUCUGUCCACACCACGCCACCAUGCCGCGGUUCGGCCAGUGGCUCAGUGGCUUUCGGUCAGCUGGAGUUCCUUUUUCACUGCUUGUUGAUGCCCACACAUAUUUCCUUGUUGACCAACUGAUUAUUACUGAUGUUUGUUAUUAAUUGUUAUAGUGGGUGUAUAUUUGUUCCUUUCAUCAUCCUAGGGUAGUAAGCCGAUCGGUCCAGAUAUCGUUCAAUGAACUUUGCAAAAUUUGAAUUCCAUGAAGUGCCAUAGUUGACGAUUCUUUUUUAAUCAUACAUUCUCUCAUUAGAUCUAUCCGCUGAAUAUUUUUAAAAUUCUUUUUUUUAAGUUGGUACUACUGACAGUGGUUCUCAUGUCAAUUUCGAGCCCGAUCUAUCAUUCAGUUUGUUAACAGCGUCAAUAAGAACAGGUUAUUUUUUUUUUUGCUUCGUGGUUUUUUAUAUGAAUACAACCAGUUUUUGUUACGAUUUUUUUUGUGCGGAUUUUCCAAUUAACGCGGCAAUAUCACUCCUGAGAGCAUAUGACGGUAAUAUGUGCUUAUGACGGAAUAUUAGUACCGCAUCCUAUGACGAAUCUCACGUGGAUUUUUACGUGACCUGGUUGUUUUUACGUGGAUUUUCGAUUUAACGCGGAUUUUCUAAUCAACGCGGUUCUUUACGAGGUACGCAUCCUGGGUGUAAUUCUAUUGGUCAAAGCUGUUGUAUGAAAUUUUGUGUUGCAAUUUUUAUGCCGAAACGUUGCAAAUGUUGCAGAAUACAUUUGGUGACUCAACUAUAUCGAAAACAUGGGUGUAUGAAUGCGCAAUGGUCCAGGAGGUGCAUUUAAGUGAAAAUUAGCAUCUAGAGCUCGAUAGUUAUUUUCUAGACAAAAACUGUCUUCGACAAAGUUGUUAAAUAUGAUAGGGCUCUUAUUUUCAUGUCAUCAAAAAUAGGGUGACCAAAAUUUUCGACGAAAUAAAAAAUCUAUCUUUCUUAUCUUUUUAGAUAGAGGCAAAUAUAGUUCGACAAUGUUGUAGCCUUAAUUAUUUUAAGCAGCUUUGUAGAACAAAGUUUUAUUCUAUUUCUUGAAAUAUCUGAUAUAGCGCUUUUUAUUCUAAGUUUCAUUAGGAUGACCAUGAAAGAACAGGUUUUUUUUGUCACUAUCUUAAUCCUACUUAAAGUUAUUGAUGCUUUUUCACCCAAAAACUCAUGAAUUCAACUUUAGUUUACUCAAAUACAAAAAAUAACAUAGUUUUGGAAAUCCCACAUUAAGUAGAGUCAAAUAUGCUCUUUCAAAUGCCGUCAACGAGCAUUUUUUUAAGUUUGCCCCAAAAAGAAUGAAGAGAGUGUAUUUUUUGGGAAGAAAUAUCAACAACUUUGAGUAGAGUUGCGAUAUUGACAAGUUCUGCAUCACAAAAUAUUUGUCUUGGUAAGCUUUAAAAGUCUUCUGAAGACAGUUUGCAUGUAAAAUUUGAUAUAUAAAAGUUAGAGCAAAAAACCGUUUUUUCUUCAUGGUGACCCUAACGCAACUUACAAAAAAAGCGCGCUAUAUCGGUUAUUUCAAGAAAUAGAAGAAGCUUUGUUCUACAAAUGUGCUUAAAAUAAAUGAGGCUGAAACAUUGUCGAACCAUACCUACCUCUAUCUAUAAAGAUACGAAAGUUAGAUUUUUUAUUGUAUCGAAAAUGUUAGUCACCCUAUUUUCUAUAACAUCAAAAUGAGCGCUUUAACACAUGCAAAAACUUUGUCAACUAACUCUUGAUGCUAAUUUCCACUUAUAUGCACUUCCUGGACCAUUGUGGAAUGGUAUAAAGCAUUCAAAGAUGACCGAGAAAAAAAUGAACGAUUUGCCACGUCAAGGACGACCAUCCAUCUCGUGAACUGAUGAGAACAUCGACAAAAUAAAAGGAGAGGUGCUCGGAAAUCGUCAUUCAAGUUUGAGAGAGCUAGCCCGUGAAUUGAAUAUCUUUCACGAGACUAUUCGUAAUAUUUGUAAGUUGAUGUUUUGUACAUGAGAAAAAUGGCUAUAAAGCUCAGUCUUCUUCAAAAAUUUCAUCGAGAUCAAGGGGCGUAAGACGAGUUUUAGAAACGAAAACAGCUCGAAUGUAAUCGACCCUCUCCUUUCUUCCUAAUCUCUGUUUAAACAGUAGCUUCACGAAAUGCAACUUUUCAAUUUCAUAUGGCUGAUAAGAAGUUUUUUUAAGGCGUUUGCGAAUUUUUUUGCUUCUGUUAAAAUGAAAACAUUGCUUGAAAACUACUUGUCGAAUUAGAACAAACGAAACAUAUGUCCAAUAUAUUCUCAUACAAAUUCAAACCCCGCUUAUUUAGCGUCAGAUGUUCAGAUUUAAUUUUCAAUUAUUUUUGUUGAAAGAUCAUACAAUAUUGAUUAGUUACAGCAUAAAUUCCGGAAUAACUCCAGAAGUUCGGUAUUCCUCUUUGACCAGCUCAUGACGUGUAUCAAAUCAUUCGCAGGUGGCACACACGACAUCCAUACGCAUUUCGUCCCGUAUUCGGAAAAUAACGGCUUUCAAAUGGGCAGGUACCCUUGUACUUGUUCAUUUUCGGCACAUAUUGUCGGGCGGACUCGAUUAUAUACAGUCUCCUAUUUCUUUUCAUCGGAUAUAAUCAAAUCCUGUAUACAAACGAGUCAAAAAAAAAUUGUUUCAUUUGUUUUUAUACAUAUCUAUACUUUUCGUUGUUUGAAUAUAAAAGAAGAAUUUAAUGUUUAAUUCAUCCCCUUAAACACACACAUUUCUCACACGAAAAAAAAAUUAUCCAGAAUCUUUCAGGAGAUGAAAGAGGAUCAUAUUUGAUGAAAAAAUCUUGCUACGAUCAUAUAGAAUUUCAACAAUGACAAAGUUUUUGACCUUUUUUAUUGUUCCGUAAUCUGUUUGCGUUAAACUGACUCUACUUCAAAAAGUACGCUACGUAGGACAAUUCUGUCUACUGUUGAUUUGAAAGAUGAGAAAUUUAGUGCAGGAUAAAUUAGAGCAUUUAAAUAACAUUUUGAAAGUGAAAAACUUAAACGACAGUGGUUUUGAAGAUGUUAAUUUUAACCCAAAAAUUCUUGAUUAUUUCUAUCAACCAAAUUAAAGCCCUCAAACUCUACAAGCUCUACAAUUUGACACCCAAUAUAUCUUUCUGGAUUUCGACACAAUGUCGUUAUAAACAAGUCCUGGUGAAAAUUCAAUCAAAAUCUUCGAAAAUCGAGAUUUUUACUCAACUGUAAAAAAUAUUUUUUUUCAAAAUGUAUUUAAUCGAAUCAUAUGUAAUCGAGUCCGACCUGUAUACCCACACGAAAUGAUCCAAAGAAUUCUGAUCUGACGAACUGGGAGGCCGUUCACCUUUGAACAAAAAUGCGGUCAAAUUUGUCCAGUUCUGAACCACAUUCGUCAUGUUAGAGGAUGCUCCGUCAUAUUGUAAUACGUAGUGAUCCUUUUUUUUAGGUUGAAUUAGAUGACUUGAUUACAUACAGUUUGAAAACUAAAUAUGUUUUUGUUUAUGUUUCAAUUUUUUAUUUCAAGAAAAAUAUAAUAUUUCAACGUGAACGUAAAAGUUAAUUGGUUAUUAUAAGUACAAUGGAGUAAUAAUCGUGAUUUUUUGAGAUUUUGAUUUAUGACAAUAUUGCAGCGAAAUUAAAAAAGAUAGAACUAGAACACUUCUAUUUCUAAUACUGAGAUUUUUUUUGUGAAAGAAUGAAAUUUAUGAAAUUAUUUGAAUUUCAUUGAUUAUUAAAAUUUUAAAGAAAUGCUGAAAAAAAAUAUUUUAAAAAUAAAAAUUCAUUUUUAUAAAAAAGUAUAUUUUGACAUUCUGAAAAAAAAUAUGAAUAUCUCAUACAAAAACCAACAAGCUAUCCAUACAUCGGAAGAACAUGUAAUUCCCGAAAAUUUACACACAAAAAUGUUACGAGUAAAACAUUAGUUUUUCAGGAGUCUCCAUGCAAAAAUGCUAUGUAUUUCAAAACCUAUAAGAGAUAGAUAGUUGGCGUCUUUGACAGAAGUUCAUAUUUUAAUAUUAUCUUAAACUUUGCCGAAUACACUUUAUCGCUAUCUUGACCUUAAAAAAAUAGGAUUAAUAAAAUUUCAAAGAAAACACGACAAAGUCGUUAUUAGAAAAACGUUUUGCAUCUCCUCUGUAUGAAUGACUUGAUGGUUAUUAUGGUUAUUAUUGUUAUGAGAGAAACUUGGACAUUUUGCGCGAGCUAAAUUUACCUGCGUUGCUUCUCUUACUUGGACGCUAUUUUGAGAACUGUAGAGCAAACAUGAAACGCCUAUUUGACCAAAUUUUGAUAAUCCAUUCCCUUAAAUGCUGGAGCAGGAUUAGGCUUUGCGAAAUGCAUGGAUCGGCAUACUCGUGUUCUUAUCCUGACCGAGGAAUUUUUGAACAAUCGCAUAGGCUGGUCAACUUUUAAAUGCGGUCUGAUUCCUGCUCUGUUGUACAACACCUUCAAAGUAAUAUACACCUUUCAAAAUAGUUCAAAACAUAUGUUUCACUGAAGUGAAAUCUCGCCUAACGUUUCAAUUAAAAAAAAACCACGAGCUCCAAAUAUUGAUUGUAAAGUAGCUGUACUAAUGAAGCAAUAGUCAGAAUCGAAAAUUAGACUGACGCUGAGCAGCCCCUGAUGAUGAAGAGGGAUGAUACCCUACGCUAUACCCACGAAGUACCAACGGUAUAUAUUUUAUUGCUAUAUUUUCCCUGUUGAAUAGACUAGAAAAAAAAUAUCCACCACGAUCGAUCUGCAUCAACAAUCGGAAUCUCAAAACAAAUCAUUCAUCAAAAACAUCGACGCGCCGGUCGGAGGUAAACUCGUUAUCGAGAUGCGCAAAACCAAACUUUGUAAAUUACUUUUUUUCUACGAAACAAAGAAAAACCCUACCAAAUAGAACAAAUACCAAACAAACAACAGAACUAUAGCUAAUAUUGAAAUUCAAAACUAAAAUCAAUCCCACAUAUGGUUGAAAACGAAAUUGUCAAACCCCGAUACAAUUACUGGAACACACACACACACUUCAAAAACAAGUUCAUCGGAAUAAAAUUUCGAUUCGAAUGGGAGCGAAGGAAUCAACUCCUCACACUUAGGUAAAUCUUUAUAACGAAUGGCAAAGCCGGAUCGGAACCAGGAAAAGGAAGUUUGUCACAGACACUAAAUAAUUAGGCAAAUGUAACAGCAGAAACAAAUACAGAGACAUUCACACUGAAAGAGUUGAAGCAAAAACGAAUGCGAAUCACAAAAUGUUAAGUGUUAAACUAAAGUAAUUAAAUUGAUUGAAUGUAAGUCGCGGUAAAUAAUGAUAAUUUCAAAACUGUUUUAAAGAAGAGUAUCUGAGGGAAUGGAAGUAUGGAAGUGAAAGAGGAAAAAAAUAAAAAAGAACAUGUAAAAAGUAACGAU